AGCGGUCAACGCAGGGAGCAAUGGCGGCCCCGUCGUGGCUGCUCCUGCUCUGUCUCGCCGGCGGCGUGCUUCGUGCCGGCGCCCAAAGAGCGCCCGACACCACGGGUACCGAUCAAGUUUUAAGAUCUCUCGUACGUACACAUGCAUCAUGCGUGUGGUUUGGGCAUGCAGGUUUCAUCAGCGUCGACUGCGGCCUCUCGGAGCACAGCAGCUACGUGGACGACGCCACCAAGCUGCCCUACAGCUCGGACGCCGACUUCACCGACGCCGGCCAGAACUACAACGUCUCGGCACAGUACAACGACCAGGCCUUCCUCAGACGCCACCGGCAGCUCCUCACCGUCCGCAGCUUCCCUGGCCCGCCGGGGCGGCGGGGCUGCUACACCCUCCCGUCCUUCGAGGCCGGGACGUCCAAGUACCUGGUCCGGGCCACCUUCAUGUACGGCAACUACGACGAGCUCAACAAGCCCCCGGUGUUCGACCUCUACCUUGGCGUCAACUUCUGGAAGACGGUGAACAUCUCUAGGCCUGACGCGGUGCACACCGCCGAGAUCAUCUCCGUCAUCCCGGUUGACGCGGUGCAUGUCUGCGUGGUGAACACCAACUCCGGGACGCCCUUCAUCUCGUCGCUGGAGCUGAGGCCUCUCGAGGACACGAUGUAUCCGCUGGUGAACUGGACGCAGGGGCUGCUCCUCAUUGGCAGGCGCAACUUCGGCGCCACGAGUUUGGUCAGGUACCCGGAUGAUCCAUACGACCGUGCAUGGGUCCCGUGGACCAACCUGAAAGAGUGGCUUAGCAUCUCAUCAUCGGAUUUCGUCCUCAUGAAGUUGGGGGACAAACCCCUCUAUGAUGUGCCAUCUGUUGUGUUGCAGACCGCCGUCACGACACUCAACACCUUGCAGACCCUCAUCCGGAUCCCAUGGGAUGCCGAGCCCAACCACAUAUACCCCAGGCCUGGGCUCCUACCUAUUCUGUACUUCUCGGAGCUACAGGUCUUGGACGGCACCCACGACCGCCUAUUCUUCCUCGGCGUCGGCAAAGCCGAGUAUUGGUGGGGAAGCAUGGGAAAAGUGGAGAGAUACAUCACAGAAGUGUUCCACGUAGAUGAACCCUCCCCAUUCCUCAGUCCGCAGGAGAACUACAUCAAAUUGAAUGCCACCAAUCGCACAGCAAUCAGGGAAAUUCACGGCAUCAACGCUACGUCUACAAUACUACCGCCCUUCAUCAAUGCUGCCGAGCUUUUCUCCCCCAUUUCCACAGCUAGUGUCGGCACCGACGCUCAAGAUGUAUCUGCCAUCACUGCAAUCAAGGCUAAGUAUCAGGUGAAGAACAAUUGGGUGGGUGACCCAUGUGCCCCAAAGACUCUUGUGUGGGAUGGAUUAGCUUGUAGCUAUCCCAUCUCCAGACCUCAGAGAAUCACAAACAUCAACAUGUCAUUUCACGGUUUGGGUGGCGAUAUAUCAUCCUAUUUCGCCAAUCUCAAAGCUAUCCAGUACAUGGAUUUGUCACGUAAUGAAUUGACUGGAUCAAUUCCUGAAGGACUUUCACAGCUACCCUCACUCACGCUGUUAGAUUUGACAGCCAACCAGCUUAAUGGGUCAAUUCCAUUUGGCCUUUUGAUACGGAUGCGUGAUGGCAACCUAACUCUAAGAUAUGACAAGAACCCAAACCUUUGCAGUGACAGCAGUUCUUGCCAGCCUAAAAGGAAGAAGCAAAACUCUAUAAGUGCCGCCCAUACUGCUGUUAUAAUAGUUGGAGCUGUGGCGAUAGGAGGACUGGUAGUACUAUUGUUUUAUGUAAUGAAAAAGAAACAAGGACCGCCAAAUCCACCGAAUGAGGUGAGCGAAGUGCCAUCUCGCAACCGUCGGUUCACAUACGCAGAACUGGAGGUGAUAACCAGCAACUUCCAGCGAGUGCUCGGCGAAGGAGGCUUUGGCAUGGUCUUUGACGGCUUCUUGGAGGAUGGUACCCAGGUGGCAGUCAAGCUGAGGUCUCAAUCUUCCAAUCAAGGUGUCAAAGAGUUCUUGACGGAGGCACAAAACUUAACAGGGAUUCAUCACAGGAAUCUAGUCUCCUUAAUUGGUUAUUGCAAGGAUGGUGAGUACAUGGCCCUUGUCUAUGAGCAUAUGUCAAAUGGAAACCUUGCAGAUAAACUCAGAGGGCGAGAUCGCAAUGGUGAAUGUUUAACCUGGAGACAGAGGCUCUGUAUUGCAUCAGAGUCCGCGCAAGGCCUCGAGUACCUGCACAAGGCGUGUAGCCCGCCAUUUGUACACCGUGAUGUGAAGAUGUCAAACAUCCUACUGGAUUCCAAUAUGAAGGCCAAGGUUGCUGAUUUUGGCUUGAUGAAAGCCUUCAAUUGCGAUGAUGAUACACAUGUAUCCACGGCCAGGGUGGUUGGCACACAAGGCUACCUUGCCCCUGAGUAUGCAACAGCACUGCAGCUCACUGAAAAGAGCGAUGUGUACAGCUUUGGCGUGGUGCUACUGGAGCUGAUCACUGGAAAGACUCCCUUCGUGCAAAUAUGGCAGGAGCAGCCGACCCAUAUUGUCAAGUGGGCGCAACAACGCCUUUCACGUGGUGACAUCGAGGGCUUGGUGGACACGCGCAUGCAAGGCAAUUAUGACAUCAACAGUGUGUGGAAGGUCGUGGACCUCGCGCUGGAGUGCACGGCGCAAAUUCCGACGCAGCGGCCCACGAUGACCCGCGUGGUGGCGCAGUUGCUAGAGUACCUCGAUCUGGAGGAUAACCGUGCCAUCUUUUACACUGCCAUGAAUGGCGACACAAGUGGCACAUACUACACAAGUAUCAGUGGCAACAGGAAUGACAUCUUCUACACCGGUAGCUGCGACGAUCCCAAUUCAAGUUCUAGUAUGUACACCACUGGCCAAUCCACAACUGAUGCUGCCCACAGCAGCGCAGCACUGAGAGUGGAAAAUAAUCCUGGCAGCGCUUCAGUGGUGGCCACCGGUCCUGCUGCAGGAUGAGGACUUUGUCGCCCAUCUGGUCUAAAUACAGUGAUAUCUCUUCUUAGACCCAUGCC